UGAGAAGAAGAAGAAGCAACCAUGGGAGGAACUGGAAGAACGCUGGUUGGCCUUUCUCUCUCCUCAAACCUCUUCUCUUUGUCUCUCCUCUCUCCUUCCAUGAGACGCCCGCUUUACAAACUCGCAAUCCCCACCACCACUAGGGUUUUUCUAGGGUUUAAGCCAAUCUCUUGCUCCUCCUCCUCCACCACCGCCAUUGAAGCAGACCAAGCACUGCAACCCAUGAGGCACUCCAUUCUUCUAGAGAAGCUCAGGUUCAGACACCUCAAGGACUCUGCAAAAUCCCCACAAACCAGGUCACCUCCACUGUCCACGGGUGGAAAAGAGGGUGAGGCUGGAUCAAUGAAAUCUCAGAAAAAACCCAAGAUGGUUUCAAGUUUUGAGGAGCUGGGGUUGAGUGAGGAAGUGAUGGCGGCUGUGAGGGAGACAGGUAUUUCAGUUCCAACCGAGAUUCAGUGUAUUGGGGUCCCAGCUGUGUUGGAAGGAAGGAGUGUGGUUUUGGGUUCUCACACUGGCUCUGGCAAGACUCUCGCUUACAUGUUGCCUCUGGUUCAGCUACUAAGACGGGAUGAGGCACUCUCUGGUGUGCUAAUGAAGCCAAGGCGUCCUCGAGCUGUUGUGCUAUGCCCUACAAGGGAGCUAUCUGAGCAGGUGUUUCGUGUGGCAAAAUCUAUCAGUCAUCAUGCACGGUUCAGGUCCACUAUGGUAAGUGGUGGUGGCCGUCUAAGACCCCAGGAGGACUCAUUGAAUAUACCAAUUGAUAUGGUUGUUGGAACCCCUGGCAGGGUUCUUCAACAUAUUGAGGAGGGGAAUAUGGUUUAUGGUGAAAUUAAAUACUUGGUGUUGGACGAGGCAGACACGAUGUUUGACCGUGGAUUUGGUCCCGACAUUCGCAAGUUUCUUGCUCCAUUAAAAAAUCGUGCAUCAAAAUCUGAUGAUCAAGGAUUUCAAACUGUUUUGGUCACUGCGACAAUGACAAAGGCAGUGCAAAAUCUGAUUGAUGAGGAAUUUCAGGGAAUAGUACAUUUGCGCACUUCAACGCUGCAUAAGAAGAUUGCAUCUGCUCGCCAUGAUUUUAUCAAACUUUCGGGUUCUGAAAACAAGCUGGAGGCAUUAUUACAGGUUCUUGAGCCAAGUUUGGCAAAAGGAAACAAGGUAAUGGUGUUUUGUAACACAUUGAAUUCUAGUCGUGCUGUGGAUCACUUUCUUGGAGAAAACCAAAUUUUCACUGUCAAUUACCAUGGUGAGGUGCCAGCAGAACAAAGGGUUGAAAACCUCAAGAAGUUUAAGACUGAAGAUGGAGAUUGCCCCACAUUGGUAUGCACAGAUUUGGCUGCUAGGGGAUUGGAUUUGGAUGUUGAUCAUGUCAUCAUGUUUGAUUUUCCCUUGAAUUCUAUCGAUUACCUCCAUCGAACUGGAAGAACUGCACGAAUGGGAGCAAAAGGAAAAGUGACAAGUUUGGUUGCUAAGAAAGACCUGCUUUUAGCCACCCGAAUUGAGGAGGCCAUAAGGAAGAAUGAGAGCCUAGAAGCUCUCACUGCAGAUAACCUCCGAAGAGAUGUUGCCAGGGCCAAGAUAAGCGAGCUGAAGGCAAAGAAUGCCAAUUUGGUAAAAGUUUCAAAGCAGAAAAACAAGACUAAAGUGGAAUCAAUGAAGUCCUCCAGCAAGGCUGCCUCCACUCAGACAUCAGGAAGAAAAACCUUGGGAGGGAAAUCUGGAAGGGUCUCUCCAACAAAAUCUAAAAAGACAGUCAAAAUAUUGAAGCCCUCAAAGUCUUCCUCUGCUGGAGGUGGUUCAAAAAGAGCGUUAUCAGGUGUGAUGAAACAUGCAGACAGCAAGAGGUCCAGCUCAGUUAAGUCUUCAACUUCGAAGCUUAGUGUCGUUGGAUUCAGAGGCCGCAGUUCUUCAUCCAUCAAGAACUAAUCAAAGCCCAGAUUAUUGUAAUCAAAAUUUUGGUUAAAUUUAUCUAUAAAUCCGGUUCUUUUGCACUUGUAUGUAAGUUUGUUCAAAAUCAAUAUUGAAUAAUGAAACAUUAAAUCA